CCCCGAGCGCGCGGCUGGCUCCUCCCCCGGCACUCGGCCGGCCGGCGAGAGGCAGCGGGGGCUGGGGCGCCGGGCCUGUGCGGCCCGCGGCCCGCUGGGGUGCAGUCCCGUGCCGGGGCGGGGCAGGCGCGGCCGCCCAGUUCCUGAUUCUCUGAGCGGGGCCGGGACUGGGGGCGCCACAGGCGCGGGGACGCGGGCGGCGAAGGAUGGGCCCGUGCCGCGCGCCGAGCCUGCCCCGAGGCCCCGGCCUGCGGCUCCCGUUGCUGCUGCUCCUGCUGCUGCUGCAGGGCGCGGGCGCCGGGGCCGGCCGGCCGCCGCACCUCGUCUUCGUGCUGGCGGACGACCUGGGCUGGCACGACGUGGGCUUCCACGGCUCGCGCAUCCGCACGCCGCGCCUGGACGCGCUGGCGGCCGGCGGGGUGCUGCUCGACAACUACUACACGCAGCCGCUCUGCACCCCGUCGCGGAGCCAGCUGCUCUCCGGCCGCUACCAGAUCCACACAGGUUUACAGCACCAAAUAAUCUGGCCCUGUCAGCCCAGCUGCCUUCCUCUGGAUGAAAAACUCCUGCCCCAGCUUCUAAAAGAAGCAGGCUACACUACCCACAUGGUCGGAAAAUGGCACCUGGGAAUGUACCGGAAAGAAUGCCUUCCAACCCGCCGAGGAUUUGAUACCUACUUUGGGUAUCUCCUAGGUAGUGAAGAUUACUAUUCCCAUGAGCGCUGUACAUUCAUCAACGCUCUGAACGUCACACGAUGUGCUCUCGAUUUUCGAGAUGGUGAAGAAGUUGCCACAGGAUAUAAAAAUAUGUAUUCAACAAGUGUAUUUACCGAAAGGGCGACAGCCCUCAUAACUAACCAUCCACCAGAGAAGCCUCUAUUUCUCUACCUUGCUCUCCAGUCUGUCCACCAGCCCCUUCAGGUCCCUGAAGAAUACCUGAAGCCAUACCACUUUAUCCAAGAUAAGAACAGGUAUCACUAUGCAGGAAUGGUGUCCCUUUUGGAUGAAGCAGUGGGAAAUGUCACCGCAGCCUUAAAAAGCCGUGGGCUCUGGAACAACACGGUGUUCAUCUUCUCUACAGAUAAUGGAGGGCAGACUUUGGCGGGCGGCAACAACUGGCCCCUUCGAGGAAGAAAAUGGAGCCUUUGGGAGGGAGGCGUUCGAGGUGUGGGCUUCGUGGCGAGCCCCCUGCUGAAACAGAAGGGUGUGAAGAACCGGGAGCUCAUCCACAUUUCCGACUGGCUGCCCACUCUGGUGAAGCUGGCCGGGGGAAGCACAAAUGGCACCAAGCCUCUGGACGGCUUCGACGUGUGGAAAACCAUCAGUGAAGGAAGCCCAUCCCCCAGAGUGGAGCUGCUACAUAACAUCGACCCAAACUUUGUAGAUGAUUCACCAUGUCCUGGGAGAAGCAUGGCUCCGGCAAAGCAUGAUUCUUUUCUUCCAGAAUAUUCGACCUUCAACACAUCUAUCCAUGCUGCAAUCAGACACAAGAACUGGAAACUCCUCACUGGCUACCCAGGGUGUGGUUACUGGUUCCCUCCACCAUCUCAGUACAAUGGUUCUGCGAUUCCCCCAUCGGACCCACCGACCAAGACCUUAUGGCUCUUUGACAUUGAUCGGGACCCAGAAGAAAGACAUGACCUGUCAAGAGAACAUCCUCAUGUCGUCCGGCAGCUCCUCUCCCGUCUGCAGUUCUACCACAAACACUCGGUGCCCGUGUACUUCCCGGCACAGGACCCCCGCUGUGACCCCAAGAGCACUGGGGCCUGGGGUCCUUGGAUGUAGGAUUUCAGGCAGCCUGCAGGAGGAGAAAACCUCUCUGUUGCAAGCUGGACGUCAGGCCUUUCCUUGUGUGACUCUUGUCAUAUUUCUUCUCCCAACCUGGGUUCACCUGGCCCUUCUCUCGCUCCUAAACCACACGGGGUGUCUAAUUUCAGCCCCUAGUGCGUGUAAGAAGCUGAUAAAAUCUGGAACGCUCCUGCUCUUGGCUGGGGCAUGUGUCUAGAGAACAGGGUGACUGGGUUCAUCCCCUUUUUCCUGAGCUGUGGGACAGCUGGAACUUGACUUGAAAUAGGAAGUUAUUGAGUCCAGGAGGCUGGAGCAGCUGGCUCUUUUUGCCUCACAAGUCAGAUGUUAGAUUUCCCUCUGCCAAUAGCCGGGUUUUAUUGGAGUGACUCACUCACAUUUUUUGUAACAAUGAAGGGAGCAGACAAUUGUUAAUGGUUCUGUUGGCCACGGGUUCUCCCUGUCUGUGAGAGAUCGUGUUCAGGCAUUCCAUGUGAAUAACCCGCCUUGGUUCACCCCUCGCUCACUCAUUUCAUCCCUCACCUCGUCACUCAUCCCAUCACAGAGCAUAAGGCCCAUUUCAUUGUUAAGGUCAGCAUGGCAAUAUGCCUACUUCUUGGUUUUGGUUUUUAAAAUAAAUGUGAUUUUAUCCCCAAGUUUUUUCCCAGCCAUUGCUCAUUUUGGCUAGCCCUCCUGCUCCCCCCACCCCCUGUGGCUCUUUUCCUUCCCUUCCUUUUGACUCAGGCGUCCUGUGCCUGGGAACGCUGCUUUGCUCUCUGCCAUGAGCACCACUAAUUUUUGGGACACUGCUGAGCCCUGCCUGCCCUUUGCCCCUAACACUGAAGCUGGAGCCCUGCCCAGAGAAGGUGGAGGAGGGUGACUCUGUGAGCGUGCUCACGGUGGACAUGAAGAGGCCUGGGUGGGGAUGCGUGCAUCUGUGUCGUCUGUUUGGGGAGGUGUUUUCUAGUUGCGUGGAGUUUGUUAUCACGACCUUUGUCUCAUAAUGUACUGAGUUGCACUGCUGUUCCCUGGCAGUGGGGAGAAACCCUGGGAAGGAUGACCUUGUCCUGGGAUCAUGAAAGUUGCAGUUUGAAAAAUAAAGUGGCCUGCAUCUGGGAUACUGGGCCCGGGUGAAGCAAAGGAGGCACAUGCACAUUUCUCUUAUUCUCUCAGUUUUACUGCUUGUGUUGAGGUUCUGGGGUUGGGGAAAGAAGAUGCACAGAAGGACCUGCCAGCCCUUUCUCAGUCCCACUAACGUCCUGCUAAUGCAGAUCAGUCCAAACUAGCUCCAAAGAGUGUCAAACUCAGAGAAAUAUGUGCAAAAACUUAACUUUUUUUGCACUAGCUCCACUUGUUCAUUCACUGCUUAUCACUAGCGCCUGGUACAUAGAAGGCACUCAAUAUACUUUUUAAACAUAAGUGAAUGAAUGGACAAAUGGGUAAAUAAGAAAGUCUCACACCACGAAAGGUGCUAGUCCAAUGAGCUGGGUUCAGGGGUAAUAUAAAUAUCUUCCAACCACUGCUUUUCUGUCCUGAGCUGCCCUCCUGGGGUGGGAGCAUGGUCUGUGUAUCUGGGCAGUCAUAGGAUGUGCCAUAGUAAAGUCAUAACGUCCUCUUGGCAGGGGGAGAGGGGAUAUGCCUACCAAAGGUAUUCUUUUGCCAAUAAUCCUCAAUUGUAUUCUUCAUGGGACACUAAAAACUAAACCCACCAGAUAAUAGGAUAUAGGUUCUGGUAGAGCCAUCCUACAGUUCAAGAGCAGGAUUUUCUGUUCACUACUAACUGGUAUGAAGUUAUGGUGAUUGGAAGGAAGUGGUGCUAGAACUAAUGACACCUGUUACUAACCUGUACCCCACUCCUGGGUUGGCAAACAGCUGGCCAAAAUGCUGUUACCUCUCACUCCCAAGCCUGUGGCAGAUAUUAUGGACUGAGCCCACAUGCUCCUUCUGGAUCCUUCUAAUGCCAGGGCUGUAGGUAACCAUUAACCCUGUAAGAUUGGAGGCCAUCAGUCCAUGACGCCUAUUUGUGCUUCCUGCUGUGCUCCCAGCAGCUGUCCCCAAUUCCAGUCCCUUGAUUGCUGCAUUCACUGUGGAUGUUCUGCACUCAAUGGAUUUAAAAGGAAUUUUAGACUAACUUUUUGUAAAACUUUUGGGAUUUUUAUCCAUCAUAGAAGGUAUCUCAUUAGAUUGUCUUAUUCUGUACAAGAAUAUGAACGGAUUCAUAUGUUGUUGUUAGGAGUUUUAAUGUUCUCUCUUUCCAAAUUUGAUUACCUUUAAAGAAGGGUUUCGUUUACUUAAUUGUUUUUCAUUGUUACUAUAUGAUUGUUCCAGAUUUGGGGGACAAAAAAAUUUAUCUUUUAAAAAUGUGUCAGCCAUGAGCAUGGGGUUUCCAUUUGGGUGGUGAAAAAGUUCUGGAACUAGAUAGUGGUGAUGGUUGCAUAACAUCAUGAAUGCGCUUAAUGCCUCUGAAUUGUACACUUUAAAAUGGUUAAAAUGAUAAACUUUAAGUUUUUACCACAAUUUUUAAAAUGUGUCAGCUCAUUUUACGGUAUGUGAAUUAUAUCUCAAUAAAGCUAUUAAAUAAAUAAACAUAGCAAAAGUUUCAGAGCUAAAAAAAAUGUGCCAGUCAUUGCCCCAAGAAUACAAACUAUAAUAUAAGAUACUGGAGGGAGGUCCAGAGAGGGUAGCAGUGAAUAUAAAGUGAUAAUAAGAGAGUGUAUUAGUUCUCUAUUGCUACAUAACAAAUUGCCCCCAAAUUCAGCAUCUUAAAACAAACAUUUGUUAUUUCACCCAUUAUAUGAGGCUCAGGACUCUAGGACUGGUUUAGUUGGGUGGUUCUGACUCAGGCUCUCUCAUGAGGUUGUAGUCAAGCAGUGGGCCUGAGCUGAGUCAUCUGAAGGUUUGCCUGGGGUUGGAGGAUCCACAUCCAAGAUGAUUCACUCAUAAGGCUCUUGGCUAGUGGCCUCAGUUGCUUGCCCUGUGGGCCUCUCCAUGAGCUGCUUGCAUCCUCACAGGUGGCAGUUACCUUCCAGCAGAGCAAGUAAUCUAGAGAAAGAGAGCAAGAGGGAGCUACAGUGCCUUUUGUGACCUGGUCUCCAAAAUCAUACACUGUCACCUCCAACUUUUUUCACUUCCUUAAGGAGGAGUUAUUAGGUCCAGCCCAUACAAGGGGAGGAGAAUUAGGCUCCACCUUUUGAAGGAAGUGUCAGAUUUGUGGACGUGUUUGACACCACCACAGACAACAGAGGAGAAAGGGCAGAUGUGGCCUCCUGGGGAAUAGAUUGUCCAUUCAAGUCUACUUGCAUUUAUCAAAUGCUGCUAUUCGAAGAGAGAGAUUAGAAAGCAUCCAGCUUUACUAUUUAGUGGUAGAAUGACCAUAGAAGAAUCUUUUAACCCUCUCUGUGCCUCAGUUUUUUUCCUGGUGAAGUGAUGGGUUGAAUUAGUUAAACUCUAAAGUCUCUUAUAUGCCUAGUGUCCAGAACAAUGCCUGGUACAUAGUCAAUGUUCAAUAAAUGUUGGUUGAUUGACUCUUAACUGACUGAACUCCAACGUAAGGAUGUGAAAUAAUACCAUGCUAAAAAUAGCCUGAGACUGUGCUCAAUCUUGAAAAAAAUCAUUUUUAACAGUAUUAUUAAAUCUAUUCAAUGCUAAUUGUUAAAGGCUUACUUGGUUUCAACCCCUUCCAUUUUUAAAAAAUGCAGUCUUUGUCCAAGCAUAAAAUUACCUAAAUCAAGAAAGUAAAAAGGAAGAAUUACAUCUUUUUUAAAAAGCGCAUCGGAGAAAUAGCCCAAGUGUCCAAGAACAAACAAAUGGAUAAACAAAAUGUGGUAUAUCCACACGAUGGAAUGUUACUCAGCCGUCAAAGGGAAAGAGAUUCUGACACAUCCUGUAAUGUGAGUGAACCUUGAGGACAUUAUGCUAAGUGAAAGAAGCUAGACAUGAAAGGACAAAUAUUAUGUAAUUCCAGUUAUAUGAAAUAUCACAAAUAGGCAGAUUCUAGAGACAGAAAGUAGAUUAGAGGCUGUGAGGGCUGAGGGGAGGUGAGAAUGGGGAGUAUACUCAACGGGUAGAGUUCCUUUCGGGGUGAUGAGAAAGCUUCGGAAAUAGAUAGUGGUGAUGGCUGCGUAACACGGUGAAUGUGAUCAGUGCCACUAUGUGGUACACUUACAGCUGGUUAAAAUGGUAAAUUUUAUGUUCUAUAUAUAUAGUACAUAUGUAUUUUACCACAAUAUAAAUAAACAAGCAAAUGAGGGGCAAGUGCGUCUGAGACAUUCUGCAUUGGGAAGUGGGGAGAAACGUAGGAGCCAGCAGAGGACUAGCUAGGUGGGGUCUAGUCCCC